UCCCAAAAAACACUUCGACCAGUUUUCUCUCACAAAAAAAAAAACACACCUCCCACUCUUAAUCCCCGCAUCCAAACACACCCCCAAAACCCUAGCCACCAACCAAGCAAGAGAGAGAGAGAGAGAGAGAGAGAGAGAGAGAGAGAGAGAGCUUCGUAAAUUGAAGUUUUACCUUCAAUGAGAGAUGGCGGGGCACCUCCCAAACUCUCCUAAAGUAGGAUAUCCAGUUGACAGUGGUGAUGAAAAGUAUGUCUCUGGCCUUAGUACCAUUCUGGUUGCUACUGUUCAAGAAGCAAAAGACAGGAUUUCUCAGAUAGAAUAUAUAUUCUGCAGCCAGCUCUACCCUAAUUUCCAAUCAAAGUCUAAAAGCCUGCAGAAAGUUUAUUUUGAGGCCAGGAAAGCUGCAGAAGAUGUGUGGAAAGAGAAGGAAAAUGAUCUCUUAAUCCAAAUAGAAAGACUUCAACUUGAAAAGAAACAAGCCCUAGAAGAGAACCAGUCUCUCAAGCUAGAGAUGGAAAAACCAUCAAAGGUGCAGGAAGAGAAGACAAACAAGUUACUUGCCAAUAUUAAAUGUCAAAAACUUGAGAUUGAUCAACUAGGAUUGAAGCUGAAGAAUAAGUCUAAGGAAGUUGAUGAGGGAAUGGAAUUGCAUAAUAGAUUAAUCCAAUUGGUUCAAGAAAAAACCUCUGAUAAUUUAAACAUGGGAAAACAACUUAAAGAGUAUGAAGAAAAGACAAAUGAGCUUCUUGCCAAAGUGAAUGGCCUUGAGAAAAAAGUUGAUGAGCUCCAAGAUGAGCUUAGAAUAAAGCAAGAAAAAGUAGUAGAGGGAAAGGAGUUGACAAAAAAAUUGGUUGAAAAGAUUGAAAGGCUUACCUCUGAAAUUUCAGAUGAUCAACAGCUAUUGAGAGAGAAUAAAAAAGAGAAGAAAUUACUUAUGGGCAAAUUGGAACAUUUGGAAGACAAUGCUGGUAGAUUCCAAAAGGAGCUUCAGAAAAUGACUCGUGAGGUUGAUGAGGGAAGAAAUUUACAAAACGAAUUACUUCAACAGAUUGAUUCAACUAAUACUGAAAUAUCAAAGAACAAACAGCAGUUGGAGGAGUGUGAGAAAGAGAAGAAGCUGCUUGUGGACAAAAUAAUUGUUUUAGAAGGGAAAAUUAAUGAGUUACAGGUAAAUCAUGGAGGGAGGAGCAGUGAGGUGGCAGAAGGAAACGAUUCAUGUGAAAAAUUACUUCAACAGAUUGACACAAAAGCCUCUGAGUUACAAGUUGAGAAGAAGAAAACAAGGCAUUUUGUUGAUCGUUACAAAAAGCUGAAAUCUCAAUACGACUACCUCAUGUCAAAGUGUGGUCUUACUAACGAUAAUAUGCUCCCCCAAAGUGAUUCUCUAAGGCAUAAUCAGAAUAUAUUGACUUCACCUGAUCUUGGAAAGAAAAUUGCAGACACUCCUGUGACUCCCAGUGACAAAAAUAAAGUGAAGAAUGACAUCUGUUUCAGUGGAAGCUCAGAGGAUGAGAAAAGCACUAAAUUAAUUCAAACUUCAAGUUCUGAUUCUCCUCCUUCAGGUUUCCCUAUUACAACAAAAUGUCCCUCCAAUGUAAAAUCAGCCCCGGUAGCUGGUACAAAGCGGCCUGCAUCUUCUUGGAGAGAAACAAGGUCCCGUCAGUGCCAAGGUGGGCCUGAUCCUCAUGAUGAUUUUCUUGAUACUCCUCUUGAGAACAUCAGAGGAAACUUGAACAAGACCUUGAAAGAACAAGAAAAUGAUCCUCCAGUACCUAUUCAGAAAGACAUGAAUUUCGACGGUUCAGAUGAUGAAACGCAGGAUAUGAAUGUUGAUUGCAGAGUACAAAAGCAGCAGAUGCCAGUUCCAGUGGCUGGCAAGAAAGAUUUCAAGUAUGUUGAACCAGUGAGAAAGAAAGCUGAUCGGGAAAACUUGAAAGGAAUUGAAUGCAAGCAGUGUAAGAAGUUCUAUGAUGCGGUUCUACCCAAUGAUGGGGGCAGGGACACCAAUGGUAAUCAGCAGAAUUUACGCUGUGAACAUCAUGAUGGUGUUUCUAGGCAUCGAUAUAGGUAUGCUCCUCCUUUGACCCCUGAAGGAUUUUGGAACAUUGGAUUUGAAUCUGAAAUGUCAUAGUAUUAUUGAGCUCAAAAUUCUUAUCUUUGUUUGAGCUGUUCA